AUGCCUAUUCCGCCGUUUCCGGGGUACAGUGCUGCGGAGCCAAACAGGCCGGUGGUGGUCUCGGCGCAGGGGCAUCACUUAUUCCUCGAGGAUGGGCGGCAAAUACUCGAUGCGUGUGGCGGCGCGGCAGUGUCGUGCUUGGGCUAUGGUAACACGGAGAUUCUCGAGGCCUUGAUGAGCCAGGCGCAGGAAGUGCCCUACGUGCCAUGGGCGUUCUUCGACUCGCGCAGCACGAGACGGUUGUCCGACUGGCUAAUCAAGAGCACUGGUGGGGCUAUGAGCAAGGUGUAUAUCAUGUCAUCAGGAUCCGACGCCGUUGAAGGUGCGCUGAAGCUGGCGCGGGAGUAUUUCGUUUGGAAGGGCCAGCCACAGAGAAUUAAUUUUAUCUCCCGGCACGGUUCCUACCAUGGCACGACGCUCGGGGCGCUCUCACUGUCGGGUCACGUUGCAAGACGGGCACCAUUUGAGGAUCUUCUUUCGCGCCAUGUCCACAGAGUAUCGUCGUGCAAUGCGUAUCGACAGAGGCGGGCCGGCGAAAGCGAUGGAGCGUUCUGUGCUCGAAAGGCGCGGGAGCUAGAGGAGCUGUUUGCCAGACUCGGGCCGGACACGGUUGCGGCAUUUGUGGCAGAGCCGGUCGUAGGAGCCGCCCUCGGAUGCGUGCCUCCCGUGCCAGGCUACCUCGCCGCGAUGAAGGCUGUGUGUGACAGGCACGGAGCACUAUUCGUACUGGAUGAAAUCAUGUGUGGUAUGGGACGGACGGGCACCCUCCACGCAUGGGAGCAGGAAGGCGUAGUGCCCGAUAUUCAGACUGUCGGCAAGGGGCUUGGAGCUGGUUACCAGCCCGUUUCCGCCGUGCUCGUGAGCCGAAGCAUCGUGGAGGAGAUGCGUCGUGCGGGUACAGCGUUCAACAACGGUCACACGUACCAAGACUUUCCCGUGGCCGCUGCCACGGCUCUCAAGGGGCCUGUUUUGGGGGUCGAGCUCGUCCGAGACAGGACGACGAAGGAGCCUUUUGACGAGGGCUUGCUCCUGGCCAAGAGGGUACACGAUGUCGCUCUCCGUGAGCCGUAUAACCUGAUGAUCUACCACGGGCAGGGGUGCGCAGGUGGCCGCAAGGGCGACCACAUUAUGCUAUGCCCGGCAUACGACGUGACGGCGGACGAGAUAGAAAUCAUCGUCGACUGUGGCGCGCAAACGCCAGAUAUGGUGCGCGAGAUCAUCACACUCCAGCUUGGUGAGCUGAGCAACUACGUUGCAACGCAUUUUGGAAUACUCAGGUACGAGUCAUACUUCACCUACGGAAACGAAGAGAGAUCGCCCGUGGACCACAAUGUGCACUGGCGACAGGGUAUCGGUGCGGACGGAUCCGAGACAUUUCUCCCGCGGGCGUUGAUUUACGAUUUCCGAUCUAACUAUGGACCGCUGGGACGAUCGAAUCCACUUUACGAGAGCCAGGAUGAUGACCCUAACCGGCAUCUCUGGCAUGGCGACGCCACCGUCCAUAAGCAGCCUCUCAUCCCCAAAUCCGUCUAUCAUGCAGCCCUCGAGGCCGGCACAGUCCCUUCCCUGACCACCUCGGCGGUGCGUUAUUGGUCCGACUUUUCGCGGCCCUUUUUCCACCCACGCUCCAUCGUUCAGCUCAGCGAUCUCGGUGGCACACCGACCGCUCCCAAGUCCGGAAGCUCGGCUGCGGCCAAGGGCGGCGGCGGCGAGGCCGGCGCACCGAGCCUAGACUCGUAUGAACACGGCAAAGCGCUCUUUACCGGCCUGGACACCGCCGAAGACGUGCUCGACGGGCAGCUGAGGACGUUUGCCGAGGAGAGCGAUCUCCUGCAGGGAAUGCAGAUUCUGGUGGGCGGAGACGACGGCUGGACCGGCUUCGGCGCGUCGCUACUGGAACGGGUGAGGGACGAGUACGGCAAGACGUGCGUGUGGGUUUGGAUGCCCGAGGGAGGCGAGGACUAUCUCGCCGGCGGCGGCGCCAGGACGACGAGGGAGAAGCAGAUCCUCCGCCUCGUCAACAAGGCCAAGGCCCUCACCGACAUGUUGCCCCUCUCCACGACCCUGUCCGACGUACGCCCUCGACCCGACCUCCCCUGGCACGUCUCCGCCCUCCUCUCCACCGCCCUCGAGUCUUCCACCUUGCCUGCCCGCCUGCACCCGGGCUCCCAACAGGCCACCCUCGACGACCUAUCCGCCGCCCUUAACCUUCACGGCCGGCAAAACCUCGCCCGGCUACGCCUGGGCGUCGGCGCGGGCCGCGGGGAACCAGACGACGCGUCUUCGCCUUCCCUCACCGCACCAUCCUCUUCCUCUCCCUCCUCCUCCUCGCCCUCUUCCGCCUUCAACGUGGACCUGUUUGACCUCGUCGGCCGCGCGAGCAAGGUGCCCAGGGCGAGGGGCGGUGACUUUGGCAGGGUUCUCGUCCAGCGAGGCGACGCCCGCUCCGAGGAGCAAGAGGACGCCGUCUUCAAGGCCCUGUUCGACGACGAGUCAAGCAACGCCCCGACUUCUCGCUCCUCCUCGCAGGCCCUCACCAUCGACUCCCUGCUCUCCACCGACGCCCAGGUCCACCCGGCCGCCAAGACCCUGCGCCGCCUCGUCAUCCCCGCCCUCCGCGGCGACGAGCGCGAGCUCGUCGGCAACGCACUCGCUGAGCUGGCUGAAGACUAUCACGAGGGCUGGUCGAGCGGAAGUGAUGACGACGACGACGACUAUUGA